UGCGUUGAUACGAUUCGUAAAGUAGCAUCGUGAUUGAUCGAAGUAAUUGUGAUUGUUUUCGUCGACACGAAUCGGUACGAUCCGGAUUGACGAUUGGUGAUCGUGAACGCCGUGAGUGCGCCGCUUCGUCGACGGCGAUGAUGCAGGAGCACAAGUCCUUCUUGAUCAGAGACCUCCUAGGUGAUGUGCUGGUCGAUCGAGUCCAAGGAGACUCAGAGGACGAUUCGGCCGUUCACUCGGAUUCCGAGGACACCAUCGACCCUGGUAGCAGCCCUUGCACACGUCUAGGAAGUCCACCACCGGCGCUUUCGCCGUCGCCCGGUCCGGCCACCACCUCGGGGAAGUCCUGCGGAGUGACCGUCAGUAAUGCACCGCCAACCGGUAGAAAACCACGGAGACGACGAACCGCCUUCACCCACGCACAGCUGGCUUAUCUAGAGAGGAAGUUUCGCUAUCAGAAGUAUCUCAGCGUAGCGGAUCGCAGCGACGUCGCUGACGCCUUGUCGCUCUCGGAGACCCAAGUGAAGACCUGGUACCAGAACAGAAGAACGAAAUGGAAGCGCCAGAAUCAGCUGCGACUGGAGCAGCUGCGCCACCAGGCCACCGUCGAGAAGGAUCUCCUGGUGCGCAGCGUGGGCCUUCACCACGGCAGCAUAGACGCUUAUUGCACCCCGUACAACGCACAAACGCAGACCAGCCAUCCACCACCGCCGCCACCGCCGCCGGCACCAUCCACCGCCUCCACGGCGGCGUUCCUCUCGACGGCCGCCGCGCUCUUCCGGAAUGUCACCUACGUCCACAGCUGUCCGCUCUAAUCGCGCGCGACCCUGCACGACCAAGAUGACUCCUGGAUUCCAACGAGUUUCGCAGGAACAUUUGGACGAACUGCUUGUGUCGUGAGUGCCAAGCUAACGUGAAGUGUUUUAAGCGUAUCUUUGAUUAUCCUUCUUUUUUUUAAGUUUCUUGGAUUACUAUUGUGAGCUAUUUGAGAAGAUUUGUGUUAACGGAUCGCUCCGAGCGACGGAUAGGGAAAGAUUUUCCGGUUUCUACGAUAAGUGUGUGGUUAUUUUCAUUACGUUAUGUUUAAAAUUUGUAAAUAUAUAUUUCUUUUAUUUAAAUAUUAUCUACGAUGAGGAACGAGUGUUUAAACAUAAGUUGUAGCAUUCCGCGUUGAUCGUGUCCGCAUACUGUCGAGUCGCAGUGUGUGUGUAUGUGUGUCGGAUACUGUAGACGUUUUCGUGCUUCUGUCGUUUUCUCCCACGUUUCCUCUUGCACAUUAGGUUCCGAUCGAGGAUUCAAUGAAAAUGUGUAAAUAUGUAAUUACGAAGCUGGUCGGUAGUUGUAACCGCUUACCCUUACGCGGAACGAAACACGGCGAGAACCAACGACGUUCCGUGUAUAACGUUCCGCAUCUUCCGCAACUUCAAAUGGCGGAAUUUCAAUGAUCGACACUAUCGCAAACGUUACAGUAUGUCAUUAUAGCACAGUAUGAUCUCUCAUCAUAGAUGCAAUGCUAAUAUCGCGUUUGGAAACUUUAGACGGGGAGGACAGAAUAGCUGUUGUAAGAGGAGAAAACCGUAGCCAAUCUAGCUAUCCUAGAAGGGUGUAAUCUCGACGCGUGCGGGUGAAAGUAACAUCAUUGAUCACCGAAUGUGCGAUCACAUGCUCGAUCACGCACGUAACGUUAUUUCACUUACCUGCCCCCCCCCCCCUCCCCCUCAGUAAGUAAUUUAGUUGAUCAUUGUUACUCGCCGUCAAUAAUCUAUUGACCACCUUCUGCGAAACCGAGAGUUAACGUAGAUAAAUAAAUUAUUAUCGAAAUCACCAUCGAUGCCAGACAAUAUCUUGCUCAUCAAACCGCUUCUGUUUUGUUCUUCUUUUUUUUUUGCUUUUCAGUCAUUAAAGUUCCAGACGGUUUCAAAGCCGAGUGCUGAAGGACGCGUUUGAUUUUCGUUAGCUUUACAUUUAUCUGCUUUCCGUGUAAGCGAAGCACACGUGGCGAGAGACACGUGGCCAAGUACGAGUAAUUGGUUGAAACCGAUACAAGUCGAGUGGUUUGACGGGUGCUUGUGCUCGGGCUGGAAUUGGCGUGUGUGGCAGAUCUAAUUGAACGGAAACGACGAGAGAAUCGCAACUGUUGCGAUUAUCACGGCGAUUCUCGCGCCGGAACUACUAGCACUAAUUGGACCGUGAGAGGCGGACGCCGCAGCAGGGGAGGCGAUAUUCCAGUGAUUUGUUUAUUAGACAAAUGUGUGAGUAUUGCUACCGUUUGUAGCAACUUUGUAGCACGAAGAAAAACGGCACUGAAGAGAGACGCAUUCGAAAAGAUCGAAAAGAUCGCUAAAAGCUCUCGCGUUCAUCGCGUCUUGGCAAUUAAGUGAUUAUCGUCAUCUGCAAUUUGUUUCGCGUUUAAUAAAAUCAGAUAAGCGUGAAAGCGA